GUUCCGGGGGCCGGGCCGGGCCGCCGGGCCUGGGGCUCGGGCGAGCGGGGCGCGGGGUCCGCCGGGGCCUACGGCGCCCGCCGCCCGGGCCCCGCAGCGCGGGCCGAGCCAGGCAGGGGGAACGGCCGCCCCGCGCCGAGCUCCCGCAGCCUUCCGGGCUGCCUGCCCCGACCCGGCCGCUGUCCCCUUGGUCCCCGCGCCCCCCCGCCCGGGCCCCUUUCUCUGCCUAGCGCUCGGCCCAGGCUUCCCUCCCCCAGCUCCCCCCAGCGGCCUGGUGGCACCUGGGAGGUGUCCGGCGUCGAUUCCGCAGACACCGAGCGCCCACUACGUGCCCAGCUCCCUCGGGGCGGCGCGGGAGGGCCGCUGGUGUUUGCCGAGCCAGGCGCUGCACCCAGCCCUGUUUAGGCAUUAUUUUGUCCUCACUGCAAACCUAUGGGAUUUCUCCAUGGACAAUGGCAGCUACAAUUCAGGCCAUGGAGAGGAAGAUCGAAUCGCAGGCUGCCCGCUUGCUUUCCCUGGAAGGUCGAACGGGGAUGGCUGAGAAGAAGCUGGCCGACUGUGAGAAGACGGCCGUGGAGUUUGGCAACCAGCUGGAGGGCAAGUGGGCUGUGCUGGGGACCCUGCUGCAGGAGUACGGGCUGCUGCAGCGGCGGCUGGAGAACGUGGAGAACCUGCUGCGCAACAGGAACUUCUGGAUCCUGCGGCUGCCACCCGGCAGCAAGGGGGAGGUCCCCAAGGUGCCCGUGACCUUUGAUGAUGUGGCCGUGUAUUUUUCUGAGCAGGAGUGGGGCAAGCUGGAGGACUGGCAGAAGGAGCUCUACAAGCACGUGAUGAGGGGCAACUAUGAGACGCUGGUCUCCCUGGACUAUGCCAUCUCCAAGCCUGAGGUCCUCUCCCAGAUUGAACAAGGCAAGGAGCCCUGCACCUGGCGUCGUGCUGGCCCCAAGGUUCCAGACGUUCCUGUGGACCCCAGUCCAGGCUCGGGGCCCCCUGUUCCUGCCCCUGACCUUCUGAUGCAGAUCAAGCAGGAGGGCGAGCUCCAGCUGCAGGAGCCACAGGCACUGGGCGUGGAGGCCUGGGCAUCUGGGCAGCCAGACAUCGGGGAGGAGCCCUGGGGCCUCAGCCAGCUGGACUCUGGGACAGGAGACAUCUCCACAGAUGCUACCUCUGGCGUCCACUCCAACUUUUCAACCACCAUCCCGCCCACUUCCUGGCAAGCAGAUCUCCCUCCCCACCACCCUUCAUCAGCAUGCUCGGACGGGACGCUGAAGCUCAACGCAGCAGCCUCCACAGAAGCAGAUGUAAAAAUUGUGAUCAAAACAGAAGUCCAGGAAGAGGAGGUGGUGGCCACGCCUGUGCAUCCUACUGACCUGGAGGCCCAUGGGACCCUAUUUGCACCUGGCCAAGCCACAAGGUUUUUCCCUAGUCCUGUCCAAGAAGGAGCCUGGGAAAGCCAGGGUAGUUCCUUUCCUGGCCAGGACCCCGUGUUGGGGCUGCGCGAGCCGGCCAGGCCUGAAAGGGACAUGGGAGAGCUCAGUCCUGCCGUGGCCCAGGAGGAGACCCCUGCAGGGGACUGGCUCUUCGGUGGAGUCCGGUGGGGCUGGAAUUUCCGCUGUAAACCUCCAGUGGGCCUGAACCCAAGGACCGUGCCAGAGGGGCUGCCUUUCUCCUCCCCAGACAACGGAGAGGCCGUCCUGGAUCCCAGCCAGGCCCCAAGACCCUUCAACGAGCCCUGUAAAUACCCUGGCCGGACGAAAGGCUUCGGCCACAAACCCGGGAUGAAGAAGCACCCGGCAGCGCCCCCGGGAGGCCGGCCCUUCACCUGCGCCACCUGCGGGAAGAGCUUCCAGCUGCAGGUGAGCCUGAGCGCGCACCAGCGCAGCUGCGGCCUGCCAGAUGGCGCGGGCUCGGCCACCAGCACGGGCACGGGUGCGGGCACGGCCACGGCCACCUCUGCGGGCGGCAGCGCGCGGGACGGCAGCGCCCUGCGGUGCGGGGAGUGUGGCCGCUGCUUCACGCGCCCCGCGCACCUCAUCCGCCACCGCAUGCUGCACACGGGCGAGCGGCCCUUCCCCUGCACCGAGUGCGAGAAGCGCUUCACCGAGCGCUCCAAGCUCAUCGACCACUACCGAACGCACACGGGCGUGCGGCCCUUCACCUGCACGGUCUGCGGCAAGAGCUUCAUCCGCAAGGACCACCUCCGCAAGCACCAACGCAACCACGCGGCGGGUGCCAAGGCGCCGGCUCGCGGGCAGCCGCUCCCACCCCUGCCCACCGGGCCCCCGGACCCCUUCAAGAGCCCCGCCGCCAAAGGACCCUUGGUUUCCACAGACCUCGUGACCGACUGGACUUGUGGCCUAAGCGUCCUGGGACCCACCGAUGGUGGCGACCUGUGAACACCCUCACUACCAAGCCCCUGUGGGCCAAAAUGUACAGAGUCCCGAGCUCAGACAGCAGGGCGACGUUGACGGACUAGAGGCAGAAAGGGAGACUCGGCAGAGAACCAAAUCCCACGUUGCUGAACUGAUCACUGGAAAAAGAAACUAUCAAACACAGCCUCCACCUCUAGACAAAGUAGGAUUCUGAUUGUGAAACUGAACACCCUAGUAGAAUUUCAAGUAAUUUAACUGCAAGCCUGGUUUUGGUUUUGUUUUCUUUUUUAAUUCUUGAGGAAAAAGCUGGAAAACAGUAGCAGCACCAGUUGAGAUCUUGUCGUGCACUUUUGGCUUUCGGGGUGUGUGUCUGCCAUGUCUCCUGAGUCUGAUGGCAGUGCUGGCGAGCUGGUGGGCGGGGGUCCCGGAGGCGAGGAAGGCCCAGGACACUGGUGGCCCCAGGACUUCUAGGAACAGGUCCCAGGACCACACAGCCCAUGGGAGAUGAGUCACCAGGCAGCCAGUCUGGGCCUGGGCAGUGAGGGGUGCAGGACCUGGAACCCCACCCUCCACUCAGCAGGAAGGACCAGACCAGGAGAGUCAAGGCAGUGGUCAGCUUGCCUCUCCUGAAAAGGCCCCCAAAGCACUGGCCUGGCUUUUCCCUGUUCUGCACCAUCUGCAGCAUCUGCCCUAGGGCACUUGGCAGCACCCCCUGAGGGACUCCUGGGCCCAUCAAGGAGAGCCAUAUGGAGCGGUUGUGUCAGGUCUGGAAGAGGUGAAGAAGCCGAGGCUAAUCAUCCCGCCCUUACAUCUGGUUAUGUGGAGCCAGCGGCUGGCACCCCAGAUGCUUCUGGUUUGCUGCCCCUCCUGUAGUGUCUCAUUUCCAGAAUACUUGCACCUCACAUCUCAUUUAUCAAUACCUGACUUUGGGAAGCAGCAAGACAGAUGUCUGUUUCUCUAAAGAAAUGAGGAGAUAAAGGGCUCAGAGGGGCAUAUCUCUGCCUCUCACCAUGAGUACACAAUGUGUGCCAGCAGUCAGGAAGAGCCACUGCUGGGACAUGGCUCCUGUUCCUGAAGCCUCAGUUUAGGGGAGAAAAGGUUUCAGGUUUUGCCCUCUGAAAAGACGUGUCUGCACCCAGUGAGUCAGAUCCUCAGGCCUCAGAGGAGCGUCUGGCUCAGCCACUCUGGAGAACCUGGCCUCCUCGGUGUGUGCACUCAUUCACACACACGGGCUGCCCAAGAGGCAGCGGGGGAAGCUGGCAACACGCGAGUGGCUUGCUUAGUCCCACAUCAGAUACCUUCAAAGUGGAAUUACAAAUAGGCCCAGAUUUCUUGUCCACCAUACUGCUGUCCCCACCACACACACAUUCAUUCCUGUUUUUUGAAGCAGCCUUUGGUCCUCUUGCCCAGAUGGGUUCCUUGUCUCCCUGCAAAGGGAGAGAUCAUGGCAUCCAUUCGUUCACUCUCUCCUGCAUACUUUUAUUAGGAAUAGACUAGUUAAGAAAAUUGUUUCUAUGUACUGUAUAUUUUGUACCUGUUUACACUUCUAAUAUUGAUAUAACUGAUAUUUUGAAAAAUAAAUGAACAGAAAACAUCCUGUUAAAAUAAACCUAACCAGCACCAAG